GUGCAGGUGGUGACGGUGUCACAGUAUUGGUUGCCUCGAGUCCUUGAGGAUGAAUAGGAUACUUCGGGUAGGUACCUAGAUAUUGCUAACACGGCGCGGGUUGAAUAAAGACCUGUAACAUAUUAUCUGCAAAUCAGAGCUCCGUGCUGGAAUAUUCUACUAUGUACUGUAUCUACUAUUAGAAAUACAGAACAACUCCUCCCCUAAAAAAAGGGCCUGAGGGGGUUGCUCACGUAUGCAGGUACAGUGCCUAAUUGCCUGCUUGCGUAGUGACUUGUCUGCCUGUCGAUAAGUUAUCAGUUAGUAAGCCUCAGGCAAGCCGGGCAGGCAAAAUCUGGCUUGUUCAACAGGUUCAACAAGUCAGGCUGUGGAAGUGAUUGGAAGCUGUGGCGGCCCUAGCCUAGCCCCCCCACUUGGUCCGAGCUCCUUCCACCUCUCGUCAUCACCAGCUCAAACAACUACGACCGUCAGAAACGUUCAACUCCGAACUUGAUCACUUACUUCUACUUUUCCCAUUUCAGAUCAUCUCAUAACUCUUUUUUCAACUGAGAGAUCACCACAAUCUCUACUAUUUUUUGCUGAGGAUUGAGUUUUUCCUUUGCGAUUUUCCCCUUUUUAAAAACUCACCCACCACCUUUCUUUUCCCGUGUGGUUCUGGUUCUGGUUCUUCACACAACAACUUCUAAACCCCCCCCAAUCUCGCCCGACCUUCACCAAACACAUUUUUCUUCAUCCAGAAAACACCAUGGCACCUGAGCCUGAACACAAGAAGAAGGUCAACUUGGCCGACGUCUCCGGCGCCGAGCCUAAAGAGGAAAAUGACACCUCGACCGCCAUCCUCAAAAAGAAGAAGAAGCCCAACCAGCUUAUGGUUACUGAUGCCGUCAACGAUGACAACUCUAUCAUCGCACUUUCGAACAACACUAUGGAACAACUCCAGCUGUUCCGUGGCGAUACCGUUCUCGUCCGAGGCAAGAAGAGAAAGGACACUGUCUUGAUUGUCCUUGCAGACGACGAGCUUGACGACGGCAGUGCCCGACUCAACCGAGUUGUUCGCCACAACUUGCGAGUAAAGCACGGCGAUAUUGUUACCAUUCACCCGUGCCCUGAUAUCAAAUAUGCUAAGAGAAUUGCGGUGCUUCCCAUCGCUGAUACAGUUGAAGGUCUGACUGGUUCGCUCUUCGACGUAUUCCUUGCCCCAUACUUCCGAGAAGCCUACCGACCCGUUCGUCAAGGCGACCUAUUCAUCGUUCGAGGUGGUAUGAGACAGGUAGAGUUCAAGGUAGUUGAGGUUGACCCUCCCGAGUACGGUAUUGUUGCGCAGGAUACUGUGAUCCACUGCGAGGGCGAGCCCAUCCAGCGUGAAGAGGAAGAAAACAACCUUAACGAAGUUGGUUACGAUGACAUUGGUGGCUGCCGCAAGCAGAUGGCCCAGAUCCGCGAGAUGGUUGAACUGCCUUUGCGUCACCCUCAGCUCUUCAAGUCCAUCGGUAUUAAGCCGCCUCGUGGUGUUCUGCUUUACGGUCCUCCAGGUACAGGUAAAACGCUGAUGGCUCGUGCUGUCGCCAAUGAGACUGGUGCCUUUUUCUUCCUAAUCAAUGGUCCCGAAAUCAUGUCGAAGAUGGCUGGUGAGUCGGAGUCGAAUCUCCGAAAAGCCUUCGAAGAGGCGGAAAAAAACUCGCCCGCCAUCAUCUUCAUCGAUGAAAUUGACUCCAUCGCUCCCAAGCGAGAGAAGACAAACGGUGAGGUUGAGCGACGUGUGGUGUCUCAGCUCCUUACCCUCAUGGACGGCAUGAAGGCCCGUUCUAACGUUGUCGUCAUGGCGGCCACCAACCGACCUAACUCGAUCGAUCCUGCCUUGCGACGUUUCGGUCGUUUUGAUCGCGAAGUCGAUAUCGGUAUUCCUGACCCUACCGGUCGUCUGGAGAUUCUCCAGAUUCACACCAAGAACAUGAAACUCGGCGACGACGUCGAUCUUGAGCAGAUUGCAGCGGAAACUCACGGUUACGUUGGUUCUGAUAUUGCCGCUCUUUGCUCAGAGGCUGCUAUGCAGCAAAUCCGAGAGAAGAUGGACCUCAUCGAUCUUGAUGAGGACACUAUCGAUGCCGAAGUAUUAGACUCUCUAGGUGUCACUAUGGAGAACUUCCGAUUCGCCUUGGGUGUGUCGAACCCGUCUGCCCUUCGCGAAGUCGCAGUUGUCGAGGUUCCCAACGUCCGCUGGGAAGAUAUUGGAGGUCUCGAGGAGGUUAAGCAGGACCUCAAGGAAAGCGUCCAGUACCCCGUCGACCACCCCGAAAAGUUCCUCAAAUUUGGUCUUUCUCCGUCCCGUGGUGUCCUAUUCUACGGACCACCUGGUACGGGUAAAACAAUGUUGGCCAAGGCUGUUGCAAACGAAUGUGCCGCCAACUUCAUCUCAGUAAAGGGCCCCGAGCUAUUGAGUAUGUGGUUUGGUGAAUCCGAGAGUAACAUCCGAGACAUCUUCGACAAGGCCCGUGCGGCUGCUCCUUGCGUCGUCUUUCUGGACGAGUUGGAUUCGAUUGCCAAGGCUCGUGGUGGAUCUGUUGGAGACGCUGGUGGUGCCUCGGAUCGUGUCGUCAACCAACUUCUCACUGAAAUGGAUGGUAUGACCUCGAAGAAGAACGUCUUCGUUAUCGGAGCAACAAACAGACCUGAGCAAUUAGAUCCGGCCUUGUGCCGUCCGGGUCGUCUUGACUCGCUGAUCUACGUGCCUUUGCCCGACGAGGCUGGCCGUCUCAGCAUUCUUAAGGCUCAGCUUCGCAAGACCCCGGUGUCUUCCGAUGUUGACCUGAACUAUAUCGCAUCCAAGACGCACGGAUUCUCCGGUGCUGAUCUCGGAUUUAUCACUCAGCGUGCUGUCAAGAUCGCUAUCAAGGAAUCUAUCACUAUCGACAUUGAGCGACAACGUGCUCGCGAGGCUGAAGGGGCCGGCGACAUGGACGUCGAUGAAGAUGUCGAGGACCCUGUUCCUGAGCUGACGAAACGCCACUUUGAGGAAGCUAUGCAAAUGGCCCGAAGAUCCGUCAACGACGUUGAGAUCCGCCGAUAUGAGGCUUUCGCGCAGCAGAUGAAGAACGCCGGACCCGGCGCCUUCUUCAAAUUCCCUGCUGCCAAUGCUGGCGCCGGUGCAGGCUCGGGCUCCGGGGACAACUUCGGCCAGGCUGGCGACGACGAUGGUCUGUACGACUAAGUUGUCAGCCAUUCAGUGGUUGGACAACAUUCCCCCGCACCGCCUCUGUACUCUAAUUCCUUUGCUUACGAUGCGGUUUAACAUUAAUGACAACACAGGGCAACACUAAGGAUGCCAAAUCUCAAGUCGAUAUCCCCCUGGUUGCCCGACCAAGGAAUUCGUAUAUCUG